CGUCUCCCAGACCGCUGUCGACUAUUAGAGCUUGAGGGUAUGCAAAUGGUGCCCUGCAGGUCAUACUCCUCUUCUCCGGUUUUCCAUUUCCGGCUCCCCCCUCCUUCAAUCUCUGCAUACGUUUUACUGCUCCUCGGAUUCUCUGCUGUCUUCUUCAUUUGUUCUCAGCGGCAGAUACCGGAUGUUGACAACAAGGUUUUCUUCUCCGAAACGAGUCCCGCGAUAUUAGAGGACCAAUUAUGGGAUUCUCCCUCUACUCUUCGUUACCAUCCAUGUGUCAGGCCCACUCAUAAAUAUGAAGUAGCCAAUACGUGGGACCGUUACAUAACUGUUAGAAGCAAUGGUGGACUUAACCAAAUGAGAACUGGCAUAAGUGAUAUAGUUGCCGUGGCUCGGAUAAUGAAUGCAACUUUAGUAAUUCCCCAACUAGAUAAGAGAUCAUUUUGGCAGGAUUCAAGCACCUUUGCAGACAUUUUUGAUGAGCCUCAUUUCAUUCGAUCCCUUCGAGGAGAUGUGCGUGUUGUGGGGCAUCUACCAAAGGAAUUGGAAUCAGCUCCGAGGGCUCGUAAACACUUUAGUUCCUGGGCUAGUGCUAGUUACUAUGAGGAUUUGGCUCAAAGAAUAUGGAAGGAGUAUCAGGUCAUUCAUGUGCCCAAAUCUGAUUCCCGUCUAGCUAACAAUGACUUGCCUAUUGAUAUCCAAAAGCUACGAUGCCGCACUUUAUAUAAUGCACUUAGAUUUUCCUCUCCAAUUGAGGAGCUUGGAAAGAAGCUAGUGGAGAGGUUGAGGUCACAUGGGCGAUAUAUUGCCCUUCAUCUGCGUUAUGAAAAGGAUAUGCUAUCAUUUACCGGCUGUACUUAUGGCUUGAAUGAAGCAGAAACUGAAGAACUAAGAAUUAUGAGGGAGAAUACAAAUCACUGGAAGCUGAAGAAAAUUAAUUCAACUGAACAGAGAAAUGAAGGGUCCUGCCCUCUAACGCCAAAGGAAGUUGGAAUCUUUUUGCAGUCUCUAGGUUAUCUUUCAUCAAUCUGGAUAUACAUUGCUGCUGGUGAAAUAUUUGGUGGUCAAACUUACCUGGAAGAUUUGAGAUUUCGUUUCCCAAACUUGGUUUUCAAGGAUACAAUAGCUACAAGUGAAGAAUUGAAUAAAUUUGCCAGUCAUGCAACACAAUCUGCUGCUUUAGAUUAUAUUAUAUCAGUUGAAAGUGAUCUGUUCGUUCCUUCAUAUACUGGUAACAUGGCAAGAGCUGUGGAGGGGCAUCGGAGGUUUCUUGGGCACCGUCCCACAAUUAGUCCAGAUAGGAAAGGCUUGGUGGUGCUUUUUGAUAAGAUAGACAAGGGAGAGCUAAAAGAAGGUCCGAAACUGUCACAACUUAUAACUCAAAUGCAUAAACUCAGAAAAGGAGCUCCAAGAAAAAGAUAUGGUUCCUUACCUGGAAUGAAAGGACGUAACCGGUUAAGAACUGAAGAAUCUUUUUAUGAGAAUCCAUUUCCUGAAUGCAUAUGCGGAAAUGGGAAGACAGUGCAUAACAUAUAGCUUUGUGGAUCUUCCUUUGUUAAUGGCCAGAAAUCGCUGUCAUGACCAGGCUAAGGAAAAGUGAUUGGGUGAAUUUUUCAAUCUGAGUUUCGCCCUCUGCUUGGUUGCAGGGUGGAACUGGUAAUCGAUUUUAAAAGAACCUGCUGAAAUUAUUCAUUCUAUUUCUGCUACGAGUAGAAGAAUUCCAUUUCGUAUUUUUUUUAGUUAUGUUUUUUAAUAUCGAAAGAUGAUAUUUCUUGUACCAUUUCUGUGUCUUUACUUUUCUCUUCGCUGUAAUGUCUAUUCAGAUGAGUUGUUGAUGGAUG